AUGGACCUUUUGAGCCUGUCCUUCCGCGGGUCAUCUGCAACCGAGCUGAAUAACCGUUUGCCUUGGAGGCCGACACUAGAGAGAAAGCUUACUUCUUCAGAAGUAUUAAAAACAUCAGGAACACGCUCUUGCAGUCACAACCACCAAUUUGAAAAAAGCGUCGGCGUGCAACUUCCAGAUAUUGUUAUGACAAAACGACCAAGAAUGACAAGGACUGCAUGGAUAGGAAACAUGACACAGAGUUGCAAAGACGAUGGACUCGUGAAGUUAGACAUCAUUAUCUCCGAAAAACAAUUUUGCGAAGGAGGAAAUCUUCCUAAAGGCUGUAUUCGUAAAACAAUGCCUGUGAAUUUUCAAAGUCGAUACAAAGAGACUGAUAGAGUGUGUACAACACGCCCUUUGGUAUCUUCCAGCUAUCAGCAAAAAUCGAAGGAAAUUCAACAGUUUAUUGGCAAUUCAGAGAAAAACUAUGACAGUCAUAAGGAAAAAGCCAUUUUGUUACAAAACUGGAUUAUUAGCCAACGAACUUAA